CUGCUCCGUGCGUGAGCCAGGCCUGACUGCUGGAAACGGGAAGCUCUCGAAGGAGCUCGUGGUUCGGGACGGUUCCAUCCGGUCCGGCUGCCCACAGCGGACCGGGCUGGGCCGUGGUCCUGGCGGUGGAGCGGAAGGGCGCGAGGAAAGGACCCGCGCCCUCCCCUCCAUCACGGCGAGCCCGUGGCGUCUGAGAACACGCGGAAAAGCGGAUCGGUCUUUGCAGACCGGGCUCCGGAGCUGCACUGCGCGUGCGCCACGGUACUAGCAGCGGGAGGCGGCGGUAAUUACCGAUUGUCCUGCUUGGAGGAGGCGCGGCAACCCGGGGCCGAGGGGCUGCCCACCUCAUGGUCCCGCCGCUGCUCAGCGCCCUGUAAAGGCUCCUCGGAGACCCAAACCGGCCGGGUUCGUAGCCUCCUCGGACCGCCCGCGGGGAACCGAACCUGCGCGCCGGGCGGGACGGCAGGACACCGGGAGAGGAAGGUGCAAUGGCCACAAAGUUAUCUGUAAUCAUGAUCCUGACGUUUGCCCUUUGGGUCACAAAUCCCCUUCAUGAACUACAGUCAACAGCUGCUUUCUCGCAGACCACUGAGAAAAUUAAUUCGUAUUGGGAAUCUGGCAUUAAUGUUGACUUGGCGGUUACCAUGCAGCGGCAUCAUCUGCAACAGCUUUUCUACCGCUAUGGAGAGAAUGAUUCCUUGUCAGUUGAAGGGUUCAGAAAAUUGCUUCAGAACAUAGGCAUAGAUAAGAUGAAAAGAGUCCACAUACACCAUGACCACGAGCAUCACUCGGACCAUGAGCAUCACUCGGACCACGAGCAUCACUCAGACCACGAGCAUCACUCGGACCAUGAGCAUCAUUCAGACCACGAACAUCACUCUGACCAUGAGCAUCACUCGGACCAUGACCAUCACUCUGACCAUGAGCGCCAUUCCCACCGCAGUCAUGCUGCUGCUGGUAAAAACAAUCGGAAAGCCUUCUGCCCAGACCAUGACUCUGAUAGUUCAGGUAAAACUCCUAGAACCAGCCAAGGGAAAGGACCUCGCCCACCAGAGCGAAGGAACAUCAAGGAGAGUACAAGCUCAAGUGAAGUGACCUCAGCUGUGUACAACGCUGUCUCUGAGGGAACUCACUUUCUAGAAACAAUAGAGACUCCGAAACCUGGGAAACGCCCCAAAGAUGUAAGCCCUUCUACCCCACCCAGCAUCACAGAGAAGAGUCGAGCGGGCCGAGUGGGCCGGUUGAGCCGGCUAGCUAGUAGGAAAAGCAAUGAGUCUGUGAGCGAGCCCAGAAAGAGCUUUAUGUAUUCCCGAAACACAAAUGACAAUAUUCAGGAGUGCUUCAAUGCAACAAAGUUGCUGACAACCCAUGGCAUGAACAUCCAGGUUCUGUUGAAUGCUACAGAGUUUAACUAUCUUUGCCCAGCCAUCAUCAAUCAAAUUGAUGCUCGGUCUUGUCUGAUUCAUACAGCAAGUGAGAAGAAGGCGGAAAUCCCUCCAAAGACCUAUUCUUUACAAAUAGCCUGGCUCGGUGGCUUCAUAGCCAUCUCCAUCAUCAGUUUCCUGUCUCUGCUGGGCGUCAUCUUGGUCCCACUCAUGAACCGGGUGUUUUUCAAGUUCCUGCUGAGCUUCCUCGUGGCACUGGCUGUUGGGACCCUGAGUGGCGAUGCUCUGUUACAUCUUCUCCCACAUUCUCAUGCAAGUCACCACCACAGUCAUAGCCAUGACGAACCAGCAAUGGAAAUGAAAAGAGGCCCGCUGUUCAGCCACCUGUCAGCGCAGAACAUAGAAGAAAGCACCUAUUUUGAUUCCACAUGGAAAGGUCUGACCGCUCUAGGGGGCUUAUAUUUCAUGUUUCUUGUGGAACACGUACUCACGUUGAUCAAGCAAUUUAAAGAUAAGAAAAAAAAGAACCAAAAGAAGCCUGAAAACGACGAGGACGUGGAGAUCAAGAAGCAGCUGUCCAAAUACGAAUCUCAGCUGGAAUCUCAGGAGAAGGUGGAUGCGGGUGAACGACCCGAAAGCUAUCUGCGAGCGGACUCCCAAGAGCCCUCCCCCUUUGAUUCCCAACAGCCAGUGAUGUUGGAAGAGGAAGAGGUCAUGAUAGCGCAUACACACCCACAAGAAGUCUACAAUGAAUAUGUGUCCAGGGGCUGCAAGAACAAGUGCCAUUCACACUUCCAUGAUACACUGGGCCAGUCAGAUGACCUCAUUCACCACCAUCACGACUACCAUCACAUUCUGCACCACCACCACCACCAGAACCACCACCCCCACAGCCACAGCCAGCGCUACUCUCGAGAGGAGCUGAAGGAUGCUGGCAUUGCCACCUUGGCCUGGAUGGUGAUCAUGGGUGACGGACUGCACAAUUUCAGUGAUGGCCUUGCUAUUGGCGCUGCAUUCACCGAGGGCCUGUCCAGCGGGCUGAGCACCUCUGUUGCUGUGUUCUGUCAUGAACUGCCUCAUGAACUAGGUGACUUUGCUGUUUUGCUAAAAGCCGGCAUGGCCGUCAAGCAGGCCGUGCUCUAUAACGCCUUGUCCGCCAUGCUGGCCUACCUCGGGAUGGCGACAGGGAUAUUCAUCGGGCACUAUGCCGAAAAUGUCUCUAUGUGGAUAUUUGCGCUCACGGCCGGCUUGUUCAUGUACGUCGCUCUGGUUGACAUGGUGCCUGAGAUGCUGCACAAUGACGCCAGUGACCACGGAUGCAGCCGCUGGGGAUAUUUCUUCCUGCAGAACGCGGGGAUACUUCUGGGUUUUGGGAUUAUGUUACUCAUUUCCAUAUUUGAACAUAAGAUUGUGUUUCGUAUAAACUUCUGAUUAGGUUCUAACCCCUAGAACAGCUUACAGAAGCA